AUGGCUCCCUCGACCAAGAAGGCGGCAACCUCCGCCGCCGCCGCCGCCGUCCCCCCGGCAAAGGAGGCGCCCUCGGAGCUCCUCACCCAGAUCGCCUCGCUCCAAAAGGCCCUCGCCACCUCAUCCGACCUCAACCCGCUCGCCGACCUCAUCGCUAUCGCAAAGAAGCACUCCGUGCUCUCCAACAGCGCUCCGGCCGCGGCAUCGGAGCGAACGAUCAGCGACCGCCAGCACUCUGCCAAGGCCGUACACCGGUGCAUCCACAUCCUCUCGCGCAGCUUCAAGACGCUCUGCAGCGAGGACAGGGUGCUCCUCGACAACGAGGUCGACGCAGACGGCCAGAUCGGCCCUGGAGGGGGUAGCGGCGUGGUCAAGCGCGACGAGGCGGAAAAGGCCGUCGCCGGCUGGAUCCGCCAGCGGUGGAACGAGUGCAUCGAGCUCCUUUGCGCCCUGCUCAACCACGAUCUCGUAGAGCUGCGAUCUACUAGCCUCGAGCUUCUCAUGGAGCUGCAGGUCGCCGCCUCGUCCUCCCUCUCCCGCCUGGCCGCCGCCGCCACCGCUCAUUCUACCGCUGCCUCGUCCUCGACCACCACCGCCGACGAGUCGAGGCGAGGACAGUGGUCGCUGGCGCCGUGGCGUGCCCUGAUCGUCUCGCUCGUCGCCGGUCCGCCAUCGCUCGACAAGCUCACAAACGGCGAGACGACAAAGGGCAGGCGUGCCUUCGCAAGGGACGAGGGCCCGGCCGAAGACGUCCGCGCCAAGUUUGCGGAGAACGGAAUGCAGGAGUACGACGACGUCCGCUUUGCCGCUCUGCGCGAGAUCAGCACCAUCCUGCGGAAGCCGUCGCCCAGCGCGGCCAGGAACCCGAGCCUCCGCGCCAACGGCCUCUCGCUGCUCCUCCUCCUCACUGCCAUCCCGGCCGACCAGGCGGACAUCAACAAUUUCCUCGUCGACGAGCUCUCGAUCCCGCUCGCCUCGGCCGCGUCGGCCAAGAAGGGAAAGAAGAAGGCGGCCAACGGGCUCAAGGUCACCGAGGACGGCGACUCGGAUGACGGAGCCGCCGCCGCCGCCGAGGAAGAGGUCGACAUGGAGGGCUGGUUCUCGGACAGCGACGACGAAGGCGGCAACGUCACCAAGCGCAAGGGUCAGGACAAGUCGGCCGUCGAGGGGCUCGGUGCGGCCGCCAAGGCAGCGGCAGCGGCGGGGGGCGGGCCGCGCCGGAAACGAAGGGAACUCAGCUUCCACGAGGGCCUGCACCGGCUCGACGUGCAAAAGGCCGCCUUCUCGCGUGCCUGGUCGGACCUGCUGCUGCCGCGGCGCAAGGACAACGGCAGCGGUCUGGUGGGCGGCGAGCUGAGCCUGGCGGCGACGCACGAGAUCCUGGUGCGGCUGCACGCCCAGAUCCUGCCGCACCUGACGCGGCCGACGAUGCUGCACGACUUCCUGGUGGGCUGCCUCGACUCCAAGGGCGCCACGGCGCUGCUGGCGCUCAACGCCAUCUUUACGCUCGUGACGCGCCACAACCUCGACUACCCGCAGUUCUACCAGCGCCUCUACGCGCUCCUCGACGCGUCGGUGCUGCACAUGCGCUACCGCUCGCGCUUCCUGCGCCUGCUCGACGUCUUCCUCAGCUCGACACACCUGUCGGCGGCGCUGGUGGCGUCGUUUGCCAAGCGCCUCUCGCGCCUCUCGCUGCGCGCCCCGCCGGCCGCCAUUGCGUCGGUGCUGCCGUUUGUGUGGAACCUGCUCAAGCGCCACCCGCGCUGCCUCGGCAUGAUCCACAAGGAGUGGGACAAUGACCGUCUCAACAUCGGCCCCGCCGGCGUCGCCGAUCCGUUCGACCCCGACGAGACGGAUCCGCUCAAGACCAACGCCAUCGAGAGCUCGCUGUGGGAGCUGGCGACGUUUGGCGCCUCGCUCGCCGCUUCGGCGCCGCGGGCCCAGGUCGGAUCGAGCGAGGCCAUCGCGGUGCAGAACCAGGCCGAGAGGGGCGGCGAACAGCACUACCUGUCUUCGGUUACGUCGCUCGCCAAGAUCCUGGCGCAGCCCUUUACAAAGGACCGGUACGAGCUCGACGACUUCCUCGACAUCACCUACGGCACCCUCUUUGACACCGAGACGGCCAAGACGCUGCGGCGGCCCGAGCAGCGCCGCGCCGCGGCCAAGCCGCCGCCGGUGCCCGUCGUGGCGUACAGCCUUCCGGGCGGCUACGGCGCGGGCGGGACGGUGGACUCGACGCUGGGUGCGAGCUACAGCCGGAUCGACGUCUUCCCCUCUGCCUCUGGGCGCGCCCGCGCCGAGAGGAGCAAGCGAAAGGCGGAAGAGGACGAGGACGCCGAGAUGCGUCGGGAGCGCGACGAGGCCGUGCGCCGCGCCCGCGAGGCUGGCCUGGACCCCGAUGCCGAGGACGACGACGAGCGCGAGGCCAGGCAGGCCAUCGAGGCCCUCAAGCGCGACGAGAGGGCCAAAAAGAGGCGCGUCGAACAGACGGGACAGCAGGACCUCUGCGCCCGUCUCUUCAACUUUGGCUAG